GGAAGGAAGAACUCUGUCUACCCCCAAAAGGAAGCUCUCUGUCUCGCGAAAAAAGAGAGGAGCGAGGAGAUCUCUCUCACUCUCUCUACACCAUAAAGAGAGGAGAGAACAGCUCUCUCUCUCUCUCUCUCUCUCUCUCUCUCACAUAAAGAGAGAAAAGAACAGCUCCCCCAACCACCACAAAGAAAGAAAAGAGGAAGAAAGAUGAGUAAAAGUAUCAGUUCCAGCAGUAGUGGGCCUUGCGGUGCAUGCAAGUUCCUGCGGCGAAAGUGUGCGACCGAUUGCAUAUUUGCACCAUACUUCGAUUCAGAGCAGGGAGCGAUCCACUUCGCUGCGGUGCACAAGGUCUUCGGUGCCAGCAACGUCUCCAAACUCCUCCAACGCAUUCCGCCUCACAAGCGACUCGACGCUGUCGUUACCAUCUGCUACGAAGCCCAAGCUCGCCUUAGAGAUCCUGUCUACGGUUGUGUCUCUCACAUCUUCGCACUACAACAACAGGUAGUGAAUUUGCAAGCAGAGCUAGCGUACGUCCAGACUCACCUCUCAAGGUUGGAGCUUCCACCUCAACCUCGCUACCUAACGACCUUCCCUGGCCCACCUAGUGUGGGUCCCACAUCCGAUAAUUCGGUGAUUUUCAACCCUCAGCAGCCACAACAGUCAUCCGAGAUGUUGAUCGGUCAGGAUUCGCUAGACUUGCAGUCUGGCAAUGUUGAAUUUCAAGCACUGGCUCAAGAAGUACUCUCCAUAUACUUUCCUGGGGUGAGAUUUCCACCGUCGAAAUCUUGUUGAACGAUUUCUGUUAACUGUUCCUGAUCUGAUACGAUCUUCGCGACUCUAGCUAGUCUUAAUCAAAUCAUCCAAAUGUUAAAACUUCA